GGUUCAGGGGGUGGGGCCGCCGCCCUUCCCGGAAGGAGGAGUCCGACGCGCUCUGGGGCUCGGGGCCGGCGCUGGGGACCCCGUGACCUCAGCAUCCGGGGCCCAGCCCCAAGUCAGUAGAGAAUCACUGGCUCCAAGAAAUCCUUAACAUUGGCCAUCACUCCAGCUGCUGAUGCUGUUCCUCUAAGACAUGUGGCUUUGGCAAAUGAAGCUGUGGGGCCUUGGACCUGGACGGGUGAGAUGGAAGGGAGGAUUCCACUCACCUCUUGUUUUGCUGAGGCUGGUCAGUGGCUGCAGGGCCCCAUUGGUGACAGCGACAGCCUUGGUCAACCAUUGGACACAGCUGUUUGAAAAGAGAGGAGUUCCUGAAGCCCGGGAAUCCAGCGAGUACAUUGUGGCUCAUGUGCUUGGAGCCAAAACAUUUCAGAGCCUGCCAGUCAGCCAGAGAUUCGCCUCCAUCACUGACCUUCAACGGGAACAGAUUGCAAAGCUGUGCACUCAGAGGCUUCAGAGGAUGCCCGUGCAGUAUGUCAUUGGUGAAUGGGAUUUCCAGGGUCUCACCCUCAAGAUGGAAUCUCCAGUCUUUAUCCCACGGCCUGAAACUGAGGAACUGGUCAACUUGGUACUUCAUGAGGAAUCCCAGAGGUGCCAAGAAUCCAGAGCAAAGGGCACUGUAAGCCAUCAGCUCCACUCUGGUCCUCUCAUCCUGGACCUCUGCUGUGGCUCUGGGGCUAUUGCUCUCAGCCUCCUGAGCAAACUGACCCAGAGCCGAGUAGUUGCAGUGGACAAAGGGGAAGAGGCCGUGAAACUCACCAGAGAGAACGCUCAGAGGCUCCACUUGGAAAAUAGGAUCCAGAUUGUCCGACAUGAUAUCACCUCUGGAGUGAACAGCGAGCAGCUGCUUCCAUGGGGGCCAAUGGGCCUCGUGGUCAGUAACCCCCUUUACAUCUUCCAUUAUGAUAUGGAGCAACUGGCCCCAGAGAUCCUCAGCUAUGAAGAUACCGACAGUUUGGAUGGAGGAGAGGAUGGCAUGAGGGUGAUAAAAGAGAUCCUGUCCCAGGCACCCAAGCUGCUGAAAGACUCUGGAAGCAUCUUCCUAGAGGUUGACCCUCGUCAUCCAGAACUCGUUGGGAAUUGGUUACAGAGCCGGCCUGACCUGGAUCUCUCCAUCUUGGCUACACAUAUUGACUUCUGUGGCAAGCCCCGGUUUCUACAUAUUCACAAGUCAAGAGGUACUGGCAGGUAGGGUACCCAGAACUUGCCAAACCUCCAGCUUAUGGGAGCAUCCAGCAAAUCUACCUUUCUGGGACACUGAUAACACAUCAAGAGGCAAGAUUGUUCUCCCA